UAGGGACAAGAAAAGCAGGUGCCAUUUUAAAAGUGUCUUGAUUGCAUCUGCCAUUCAGAGGGGGAUAAAUAGAAUAGCCCAGGAGAUGACUAAUGGAAAGAGUCUGAUUGAAUAAGGCAAUGUUCUAAUGAAAUGUUUCAUUCUGGUUCACAAUUUAGUUAUACUGCCUUAUUGGGAUGACGAAAGGAAGAACUUUUAACUAGAAAAAAUCUUCAUUACUGCUUUUUGAAAAUUACUUAUAUAAAGUUUGAAAUUAAUAUUUAUUGAUUUUGCUUAUCAGUUGGGUUUUUUUCAUGGAUAGUUGUGUAAAAAGUGCUUCAAUUAUUGGAAUUUACAUUUGAAAUCACUCUUCUCUGAUUGUGUCCAUGUUGAUAUCGGUAGAUUAAGGAUAAUGUGGAAUACUGAAGAAAAUUAAUUAGAUUGUAGCUGUGUGUAUUAACGGAUAAAAAUGACUUUGGAAACUGUUGAGGAGAUGAGAAGACCUAGAACAUAUUAUAAUUGUCAAAUACCUAAGAACCAAGUUCUGCCACCAGGAUUUUUCCCGCUGUCUGCAGUGAUGGCAAACCCAUCAAGUCAUGGUAACAGUUACUUGUCAAAUGAGUCUUUUCACACACCUUGUUUUGGAGACGAAGAUUUUGAUAUAACAAGUUUAAGUUUGCCAUCAGGCACAGUGGACAGUUUAUCUCACAUUCAGCCAACGAUUACAGACACUCAUAUUGACCCUGCCACUCUUCAUUCACAUCAUAGACUUAACUUUAAUAACUCUAUCAUGAGCUCACCUGAUAAUAAUUCUAAUGGAUCAAAUAUGGCGCCACAGUUUCCUCCCGAAAAUAUGGAAAUGCCCGAUAUCUCAAUGUCAAACAGUUUGAUAGCAGCUAAUGGUAUGAUGGCACCACCUGUGCAGGACGGAUGUGUUACAACAUCAAGUUUUUAUUCAAAGAAUGCUUUAAACAAUAAAAAUUCUCCACGGCGGGAGAGCAGUGAAGAAAGUAGUGAUGAUUCUCUUCCUUUAGCACAGCUUGCUUUUAUGAAGAGACAAGCAGCCGCUGCAGCAGCUGUAGAGGAAGCGCAGAAACAGAAGAAAACCAGAAAACCAAAAGUGACGAAGAAAAAGAAAAAGAAAGAUCCAAAUGAACCACAGAAGCCUGUAUCAGCCUAUGCAUUGUUUUUCCGAGACACACAAGCUGCCAUCAAGGGACAGAACCCUAAUGCUAGCUUUGGAGAGGUUUCCAAGAUAGUUGCCCAGAUGUGGGAUGGACUGGAUCCAGAGCAUAAAAAUGUGUACAAGAAGAAGACGGAGACAGCUAAGAAAGAUUAUCUGAAGCAGUUGGCAGCCUAUAGAGCUAGUUUAGUCUCACAGAAUGCAUUGGAAGAUUUGAUGCCAGACAAGAGAAACUUAAGAAACAUGUCUCCCAUGCAUCAUAUGUCACCGAAGAAUCUGUCACCACAACAUAAUAUGUCACCACAACAUAUGGGUGUGUCACCUUCUCAUUCAUCAAAUCAUAGUAACAGUAUGUCACCACCAUGUGUUAAUAUGUCACCAAAUCACAUGAACAUUUCACCACAGAAUAUGAAUAUGUCACCUCAACAUAUGAAUAUGUCACCACAACAUGUCAACAUGUCACCACCUCAACAUACAAACAUGUCACCUCCACAGCAACAAGUAAAUAUGUCAUCAGUUCCAAUGGAUGGAAUGGGAAUGAUGACGAUGAAUAACAUGGGAGGACAGAAUAGUAUUAUGUAUCACUCAGCCCUUCCUAAACUGGCUCCAAACAUACAGCCAAGGUCUCCUGUGCUUGGAACACUCAUGGAAGAAGCUAGUUUGGAUACAAAUAUAAUGGCCUCCAUGUGUGUUAGAAAUGGUUGUAUAAAUAGAAGUAUAGAGAAUCCUGGAUGGGACAACGAAUAUUGCUCAACAGAUUGUGUUGUCAGCCACUGUAGAGAUGUAUUCACUGCUUGGGUGGCCAAUAGACAGGGAAUGAAUUUUGAUUCCAAGGUCAAGUGAAUGUCAACAAAAAAGGACAAUUAGGAUUAAAUAAAUAUUUUUUGUACAAUUAUGUUGAUACUGUUUAUAUAUUAAAACUUCUUUAAUAAAAAAAACCAGAUAAGAAAGUCAAAAAGAGGCAAUUUGAAGGUUGUUUUUGUGUCACAUCAACUAUUAUAAUUACCACGUUUUGUGCAGUAUUGAAAUCAUGUAUCAAUAUAUUCUUCAAAUGUUUGGAAAAACUGUCAUUUGUAAAAACAUAUUUAAGAAAAUGUAGUACAUCAAUAUAAGCUUUGUAAACUGAAUGAACAUGAAUUAUAACUGACAGUGUACAGCUUUGCUGAAUAUAUUUUAAUUUCCGCUUUCUAUAGUGCUUCUUGCUUUUUCUUUUUAAUUUAUUUCUAGCAAAAAGCAAAAUGUUUAUGCUCCUUAUUUCAAUACAUUAAAGUACAAAAUUCCCAUGAAAAAUUACCUUUUUUAUUAACAUAUGUAAAAAUUUGUAAAGUGUCUGGUCAUAGGGAUCCUUUCUGGCUUCAUGCAGUGUCUUGGUGUCCGCAGCGUCCUGUCCCAUUCCCAUUUUUAUUAAUCCAUAACUCCUUGUAAUUAAUGGCUUGGCAACUACAGGACAUGAACUUGUAUACCCUUUAAUCUUAGUUUUAGGGUUUUCCCAUAACUAAUGAAGGACAAGGCCAUUUCUGCUUACAUCUGUCAAACUUUAACAUAUUCUUCUUCAAGGUAUGAAGUUGUGUACAUGCCUUUUUACUUAUGGAUAUGAUUGCUUUUUGGGGUUUCCUUUAACAAAACAUGGAUUAGCUAUUUCUGCUGAUAUAAUUUGGAGCCGACAGGUGACACACAAGUCUUUCUUGGAAGACUUGCACAUUUUUCUAAUAUAAAAAAAUAUAAGAAACAUUUCUGGUCAACUAUAGUUUAUUUAUAGCUAUAAAUGAUGUCAAUCAAAUAUUUUUUUUAUUAUACAGGUCUGUGUUUUUAUUGUUAUUAUCUUCAUAUUUCAUGAGAAAACUAAGUUUGUAAAUGUGAAACAAUAAGCAAUAUUAAUUCCUUUAGCAAUGUUGUAAAGGGGAGAAAAUUUCAAUUUUCUCUUCAGUUCUUAUAGCAAAAGGGAGAUAAUUUAUUGUUUUUCCAAAUAUUUUGUUUAAUGAUAGGUAAGGGAUUAAUGUUUUUGGUUGAUAUUUGUGGGUAUUUAUGAACAGUUGUAAUAUAAAGCAGUAAAACUGUACAAAAAUUGAUGAAUUUAUGUAGAUAUAAUGUUAUUUAUGAUGUUAAUUUUGCUUGAAAUGAAGCUUUGACAGUAUUACAUAGAUGUUUAGUAUUGCUUGUUCAAUGUUUUACCAUCAGAUAUAUAUAAAGGUCAGUAAAGUAAGCUUUUCACAUGACACUGUUUUUGUGUAAUUAGAAACCAUAACAAUUAUAAUAGGGAAAUGUGUUAUUAAAUGUAAAAUUGUCCUAUGAUCUGUUUAUUUGCAAUGAGAAUUUAUAAAUUCAGAAUUGUUUGAAGUCAGUUUUCAAUAUUUUAUUGGUCAAGGAAGAAAACCCGUAUUCUGAGCAAUAAACUGAUAUAGCAUUUGAAUGUUUACUCUAUCUUUAUAAUAUUUUUCUAAUUUCUGUACCAUUUCAAGUACAAAUAGUAAAAAAGGAGAUGUAAUUGCCAUUUGUUUACCUAUUUUAUUAACUAAAUGUUUUAAAAGAACAUUGACUUCUUUAUAGAAUUUUUCAAUUGUAUCAGUUUCCAGUCAAAAAUACAACCUAAAAAUAAUGAUAUUUGACUAGUUACAUGUACAAUAAAAAAAUAAAGGAGAUGUCGUAUGAUUGCCAACGAGACAACUAUCCACCAAAGUUCAAAUAAAGUGAAUGUAAGCAAUUAUAGGCAACCAUACAGCCUUCAACAAUGAGAAAAAGCCAUACUGUAUAGUCAGCUAUAAAAGGCCCAGACAUGAAAAAUAUGAAACAAUUCAAUUGAGAAAACAGCCUAAUUUAUAACAAAACAAUAAUCAAAAAAAACAAAUUUGUUUGUUAUAGAUAUAUUUCUUGGUAAAACAUUGUUGUAAGAUAGCAGUUAUGUUGUUAUAGUUUACUUAUUUAUCAUUAUAAAAUAUAAACUAUUCAGAAAUUUAAAAAAAAUAUUGAUUUGCUAUUCUGAUUCAUUGUGUCACACAUAAACUCUAUCAGAAAAAAAUGACUAGAAAAAGAGAUACACAUAUUUUGAAUUGAGGUUAAAUUUGGAAUAGAGAAAUCCAAGGCAAAGUGUUUGAAAAUAAAGAUUAACAAAUUUUAUUUAUUUUUGUUCUAGUGUAGAAGUAUAUAUUUUUGAGGGAUUUGCAAGGUUUUUUAUGAGGUGUCUUUAGAUUAACCCAAUGCAUAGUAUUACACUUAACAUUUUUGUAGGUUUCGUGUUUUGAUCUUUAUUGUGUUAUUUUCAAACGUGACAAAAUAUUCUUAUUUAGAAAGUGUUAACGUUACGUCAAAGAUAUAAUAGAUGACUUGGAUUUCUGAACACUAGAUAAAACUCUUUUUAAACUUUCCAGUUUGAAGAAAAUGCCUUCAUACUGUCUAAAACAAUUUGUAAAUCUCAAUUUAUUUCCAAUCUAUUUCUAAGACAAUAAAGAGUAUUAAUUUAAUUCAUAAAUAUGACUGCUUUCUAACCAUGCUGUAAUGACUGAAAAUUAGAUUAACCAUAUGAAUAAAAUAAGAUCUGAGAUGUAUAUCACUGUACAGUUUUUGUAUCAAUACAAAGCUGUAAAUUGUCCCUUGUCUUGACAAGUUUUUAAUUAAUUUAGCAAUUUACUCCAGGUCGGCCAUUUGGAACAUAUUCUGUAAAAGACCAAAAGUAUAAGCUUCAACAGGAUUAUGCUAAUAUUUUUAGUACUCAAACCCUUUUCCUUUUCAUAUGGAUAAGGGGAUCUACCAAAUUUACAAAGCAAGAAGUCCAUUUUAGAUUAUUAGGUUUAGAAUAUUCAGUUCACCAGAAUAUGUUAUAUUCAAUAAUCAUGCAUUCCAAUAGGAAACUCUUAUAUAAAGAAAAAUGAAUCCGCAACUAGAAUUAGGAUGGAAUGUCCUGGAAAUUGGAUAUUUUUCAUUCAGUUUGUGCAUUAUACAUUCCUAGAUUGUUGUCAGAUAUGCCAAAUAAUUCAUUAUUUGCUUGAUAUUAUAAUUAAGUCAUAAUAAAUUUCUAAUUUCAUAGUCAGUUUAAAUGAGUUUUUCAUCAUCAAAGUAAAAAAUAAAUAGUUUUCUAUUCAAACCAUAUUUUACAAGAUUUUUGUAAUAAUGAAGGAUUUUGUAGUUUAUUUGAAUUUUACAUGACCAAAGUUGUAUUGCAUUUACAUUGCAAUGAUAUUGAUUAAAUGACUUUGAAAUGAUUGUUGUUUUUGUUGGGCCCUUUAAACAGAAAUACACAAAUCAAAACUAUCACUUCAGAUGGUCGAAUAUUGAGCUUUCAGUCAGCUGUCAUUAAAUUUUUUCCUGAAGUACAAGAGGGAGUGCAUUUUUCUUACUGCCAUAUAAAAAAAUGCUGAUUUGUGAAAAUUUUGCAUAAUGUAUGUCAUGCAGUUAAUAUGUUGAAAACCUGUAAAACAUUUGAAGAUUGACAUAUUCAUUCAUUUACAUGUAAAAUCAUGAUUAAAUAUUCUAAUGCAA